CAAGUACCGGGGACCUAAUUAAAAAUCCCAACUUAGUUUAUCCUUUUGCAUCAAGCCUUUAACGGCCUCGGUUCACUUUAAGUCGACCUUGUGAAAGGAGGACAAUUCAAACAUUUUGCACGGUCAGAGAAGUUUAGAAAAUGCCUCUGGAGCGUCUUGAAGAAGAAGGUCUUGAGAAAAUUCCCAACUUAAGAUUAGCGCAAUGGGUUUUCCGGGCUGGAUUAACUAAGACUCCCGAUACGAUGCGUAAAGAACUUAUGGCAAAAAUUACCAAGUGUAUACAAGAUGAUAAUAUGGCUGCAUAUUAUGAGGUUGUCUGUAAAGAACUUGAUCUUCCAGUUGAUCAGCAAGUUUUAAAGUCAAUGCAAGCGGUGAAUGAAGCAAAAAUCAAGGAAUUGGAUGCAAAAAUCAAAGAUGCUGAAGAAAACUUGGGUGAUACAGAAGUGAGAACGGCUAUGAUGGAAAAAGCACAUUAUCUGAGUAAAAUUGGUGAUAAGGAAGGAGCUUUAUCACAAUUUCGGCUUAUUUUGGAUAAAAGUUUAAUGCCUGGCUUCCGAUUAGAUACAAUCUUUCAUAUUAUACGAAUUGGUUUCUUUUUCGGUGACAGAGACUUGAUUACAAAAAAUAUAGAAAAAGCGAAUAGUUUAAUUGAAGAAGGAGGCGAUUGGGACCGAAGAAAUCGACUCAAAGUGUAUCGCGGCUUGUACAGUAUGUCAGUCCGGGAUUUCGGUGCUGCUGCUAAGAACUUUCUCGAUGCUGUUGCCACAUUCACUAGCUAUGAAUUAAUGGAUUAUAAAACAUUUAUCAUAUACACCGUUAUGGCUGCUAUGAUUGCUCUUAAACGUCCAGAUCUUCGUGAAAAGGUUGUUCGUGGUUCAGAGAUUCAAGAAGUCUUGCAUGGUUUACCAAAUGUUCGGGAAUAUCUGAUGUCUUUAUUCGACUGUCGUUAUGCUGAUUUCUUCCGUUCCCUUGCUGGAGUUGAACAGUUUAUGAGCUGUGAUCGAUAUUUACAUUUGCAUACAAGUUAUUAUGUACGUGAAAUGCGUAUUCAUGCACUCAGUCAACAUCUGGACUCAUACAGUAGUUUGAGUUUAGAAAGUAUGGCUACUUCAUUUGGUGUAACUCCAGCAUUUUUGGAUAAUGAAUUAUCACGUUUCAUAGCCAGUGGUAGACUGGCUUGUAAAAUGGAUAAAGUCUCUGGUAUUAUUGAAACAACACGUCCAGAUAAUGUGAAUUUCCAGUAUCAGUCAAUGAUUAAACAAGGCGAUAUUCUGUUGAAUCGUAUUCAGAAGCUCAGUCAAGUGAUAAAUAUUUAAUGAAGAGUGUGUACUGCCUUUCCUCUUUUUAUUGUUGUUAUGUGUAACAGAAUAUCACUAGUGACCUUAUUGCACUGCACUGUACUGUAUGUUUUUAUGUAUGUAUGUAUGUACCUUUUUGCUUGCGUAAUGACACACAGAAAAAAAAUAUACUUCUCAAAUGGUUUCGUUUUGUAUCAGUUAUAUAUAUGUAUAUAUAGUCACUACUGUAUCUUCACUUUUCGACUCAAUGUAUACGUGGGAUCCUUGUCCAUUGAAUUUCAAGGUGAUAAUAGAAAUGGGAUCAAAAAAGAGAGACAGCAGAAGAAAGCCACAGCAUACAUAAUCUUG